AUGGACACAAGAAUUGGCGAAACAUGGAGGAAUACCAACAAACUCGGCUCUCUACUUGGAGAUAGUGAAGACAUUUCUCGUAGAAAGAUGCUUGCUACUGCGGCUCUGAGCAGAAUAUGUAAAAAAUGGCUCCAAGCUUGGCCGAUAAAUCGGGCUCUCAGAUCAAGGCUUUAUAAUGCAUUCGUAAAGCCUGUUCUACUAUACAGCUCGUCAACAUGGGGGAUCUCGGACGCUGAACUGAAGACUAUAGACUCUUUUCACCGUAAACAACUACGUCUCUUACACGGAAUACACUGGCCAUCAAAAAUUAACAAUCUAUCUCUGUAUAAACAUUACGAUGCUACGCCGUUGUCUCAAGAAAUCGUUGGAGGCCGGUGGAAAUUAUUUGGCCAUAUUUUGCGAAUGGACCCCAGAGCUCCGGCCAAUCGGGCAAUGGACGAUUAUUUCUCCGAACAUGGAGACAAAUAUCGUGGAAGACCUAGAUCCACUCUUCCGGCAGUUCUGGAGAGGGAUCUCAAACUUCAUGGCAAAAGUUUCAAAAACUUGGACGACCUAGAAUCUUUGCGGGAUCUCGCCCGCUACAGAGGGGCAUGGACAAGGAUGGUCCAGAAGAUUGUUUCGCUUGUGACACGUGUGGGAUUAUAA